AUGAUGGAGGAGAUAGACCGGUUCCAGGUGCCAGCCGUUCGGGCCGAGAUGCAGCCGCUGGAUUCAACAUCUGCAUCUCUUUUGGACAGAGAUUGUGGUACAAGAGAGGGAGAGACUGUAGCCAUGAACUAUAAGCCGUCCCUACUUCAAGUGAAAUUAGAGAAGCAGAGGGAGCUGGCUCAGAAGGGCUCCCUGAAGAACGGCAACAUGGGAAGCCCAGUUAAUCAGCAGCCCAAGAAGAACAACGUGAUGGCACGACCAAGGCUCGUCGUUCCCAACAAGGGCUAUUCGUCAUUAGAUCAGAGUCCAGAUGAAAAGCCACUGGUAGCCCUGGAUACGGACAGUGAUGAUGACUUUGGCAUGUCCAGAUAUUCCUCCUCAGGAUACUCAUCGGCUGAGCAGAUCAACCAAGACUUGAAUAUCCAGCUGCUAAAGGAUGGGUACCGGUUAGAUGAGAUCCCAGAUGACGAGGACCUCGACCUAAUCCCCCCUAAAUCGGUCAACUCUACUUGCAUGUGUUGCCAAGCCACGUCCUCCACCACCUGUCACAUCCAGUAG